CCCUUACACCCCUCCUGGUGCAAGUGCUGGUAUUUACUCACUUCAGGUCUACAUGUAAUCAGAUUUUAUGUUAUUUUUCCUAGUCUUAGUACUUCGAUAAAAGUAGUUAAAUAUUUUGAAUUUGUUAUGUUCGAAAUCGAAAGUAUCAUCGGUUUUUAACAUAAAAUGGUGGGAAAAUGGAGGCAAAAGCAUCGUGCAGUGCAAAAGUAUAUAGCCGAAGAAAAACCAAGGGAGCCCAGCUGAGCUGUUUUACAGAAGAAUACAGUUCUGCAAGUUCACCAAUGAAGAAAAGGAAGAGAAACUCAUCAUCUUCUUCUUCUUCCUCUUCAUCAGAGGAUUCCGAUUUUGAUUGCAAUGAGGAAGAUUUCAAUUGUACGCCUUCGCCCCCAAUCAAAAGAUCUCAGCCCAAAAGUGGAAAUCCUGCCCGAAACAGGAAAAAGCUUGCGCUUCCCAAGGCACCCAGAUUGGUUCGUAAGAGUAAAACUUCAGAUACAGAGAAAAUGGCUGUAAACAGGUCUGAGAUUGAUGUCUUUGAUUCAGAUGAGGACACCCUUCCCUGCAAUAGCAAAAAUGAUCAAGGCUUUGAAAUGUUGGUUGAAGCAGCUGCAUUACACAAAGAUGGAGGGUAUGUGAGUGCAUUGCCCAGUCCUAAAUCAGAUAGAAAUGUUUACAGUGGUGCGAAAAAGGUGGAAACAAAAAUUGGAGAAUGUAGUAGUGAAAAAGAAUCAAAUGGUUAUUCAAUCUCUGAAGAUGAUGAAGACAACAUAAAAGAUGAGAACUAUUGUGCUGAGGACUCUGAUAGCUUGGAAAAAACUAAAUGUGAACAGAUCGAAACAAACAAAACAAAUCUCCUUGCAUCUCAUGCUACGAAGGCACGGAGUAGACUUGCCACUCAACAGACAAGUUCUGUCUUUGAGACUGUAAAUUCGGCAAAGUUAACUAUUAAAAUUAAUGAAGAGAACAAGGGUGCAGAACUAUCUGAUACCGGACAAGCUGCUGGUGUUGGAGAACCUAAUAAAGAGCCUGGUAAAAAUGUUGUAACCAAGAGAAAAACGUGUGGCAAAUUAGUAAGUGCUUCACUUUCAUCAAACUUCACUGAGAAAUCUAGGACAGAAGGAGCUAGAGCAAGGUGCGUGCCUCUUGGAUUGACAGGAAUGCGAGCUACAUCGAAUUCGAAUUUAGAAUUUUCGGCUGAAAACAACUCAUCUCCCAAUGGGUGCUUGAAAAUCUCACGAUUCCAGGCCUCAUCAGCCCCACAUCAGCGUGUUAUAGGUUUAUCAAGGCGUGUUCGCCCACCCCCUUUGCAUCCUUAUUUGUCAAAAACUGACAAAUAAGGCUGUACAGUCCUUUAUAUGAUAAAUCAAGGACCGCUUGUGAAAGUUGCAAUCUUCCGAUAGUGUAUGAGAAACAGGCCUGCUCAGAGUUCUACAUCAAUAUGCGUGCAAUUUCAGGUAUCAUGAACCUAUACAUUUUGAAGCGUGUGGGAUGAAGUCUUGCUUACAACUGUAAAGUUUUUGUUGCUCAAUCACAUCAUAUCAUCAUCUGGCGUGGGGUAACUCUUAUGUCUAGCAAUAACAUGAUUGGAAACUUCCAUUUUGGGCUUGUUUAUGUAAUAUGGAAGCUUCCACUUUGAGUUUGUCCAGACAUCUCAAAGCAUUACUUUCUGGCUUUUUGGAUGUUUUGAUGCAAGUUGUGCUCCCAGCUAUCAAAGCUUAAAUCACAUACAGGUAAUUGAUAAGCUUAUCAGGAAAUCAUUCAUCUAAUGUGAGAAAUUAUUGUUCGUGGACAACAUUUUUUUCCAUAAUAUUACAGCUUUGAUACCCAUGUUAUCUAUUGGUGUAUACAAUUUGCUUGAGCAAGGAAGUUGAUUUAAACUCAGCCAAAUUAAUUAUUUAGUCAGUUGAGACAAUUAAAAUCCACUUUCUCCAAAUGAAUAGAUACAAGCAUUUAUAUGA